AUGAUCAUCUCCAUUGAAUCCCCUGCAGAUUUUCAUGUUCACCUCCGACAAGGAUCCAUCUCACAAUUAAUUGUUCCUCAUGUCAGAAAGGGUGGAUUCCAUCUCGCCUAUGUCAUGCCCAAUCUGAAGCCGCCAGUGACAUCGACGGAACAAGCACUGAAAUAUAAGGCCGACUUGGAGAGGAUCGAUUCCAACGUCGACUAUCUUAUGACCUUGUACUUGUCCCCCGAGCUGACACCAGACGAGAUCAGGAAAGCCAAGAAUGCUGGAAUUGUCGGCGUCAAAUCGUACCCUCGUGGGGUCACAACAAAUUCGGAAGGUGGUAUAGAGUCUUAUGAAACGUACUACCCCAUCUUCGAGGUCAUGCAGGAAGUCGGGAUGGUUUUGAAUCUUCACGGUGAAGUUCCUUCAGACGCAAAGACAAAUGUUCAUGUCCUGAAUGCAGAACCUCGAUUUCUCCCUCACCUGCUCAAGAUCCACGCCGACUUUCCUGCUUUGCGCAUCGUCCUCGAACAUGCAACAACAAGGGCAGCUGUCGAGGCUGUCAAAUCUUGUGGACCAACUGUGGCGUGCACUAUCACGGCACAUCACCUCGCACUCAUUGUAGAUGAUUGGGCGGGGCAAUCUUGGAAUUUCUGUAAACCUGUUGCAAAGUAUCCAGACGACAGACAAGCUCUGAGGGAUGUUGUCAAAGAGGGGCAUCCCAGGUUUUUCCUUGGCUCUGACUCUGCACCCCAUCCACCCGAAGCGAAAUCCGUUAGCCGACCCACCCAUGGAUGUGCAGCUGGUGUUUAUACCUCGCCCAUCCUUUUGCCCCUAGUGGCAGAGCUUCUGGAAUCGUUCGGAGCGCUUGACAACUUGGAAGGCUUUGUUAGCAGAAACGGAAGGGCCUUUUAUCAAAGGCCUUACACAGGAGAAGGAUCUGGAAAGGUCACUCUGCGAAAACUAUCCGAUAGGAAGCAGUUAGAGUCGACAUAUAUUUUAGGUAAUGAUAGUUUAAUUCCUUUCUGGGCUGGAAAAGAGAUAGGCUGGGAAUUGGUCGAAGAAACAACCGCCUAGGUCCAGCGGGUAUUCAUAAUUUAUAUACUUGACUGGAGGUAUAGCCCAUAUUGCCCAAUAUGCCACCAACGAC